UUCCCUGUUAAAUAUAUCAGUCAUUGGGACACAAAUAGUUUCCAAUAGUUUCCAAUAGUACAUACAGUCAGACAUAUAACAUUAUCGUACACAUUCUACAUGAACAUCAGAACUAUCACAUAAGCAGGCAGAAUACUGAAUAAUAGGCUACAAUGUAGCAACUUAAUAUUGUAUACUGUAAAAAAACACAACAUAAUGUCAAAAUAGCAUCAGUGUCCAUCUACGAAUAGCCUAUUACAAUAAUUUUAUACAUUUUAUACGAUAUCAUAAUUUUUUUAAUAAGUUUCCAUUACAUUUUUUACAAGAUUUUAGAGUUUUAACUAGCUAAUUAAAUUUGAAGUGGUCUAAAAAGAACAAUAAAUUAAAUAUGAAUUUAUUGCGCUAAAAGUGUGGCCACUUAUGCAUCUUACGAAAUUAAAAGUCCCACCUCAUUUUUACAGUUUUAAAAUUAUGUUCAGUUAAUUUGUUAGCUUGUGCAGCAUGUUCUUCUUUAAAUUGCACAGAUACUCUUUUGCAUUGCGUAACUUUGCACUAUCGAGCGCAAAGUAAGAGGCGGUGCUUUACAUUCACAAGCACGAGCAGAGAGAGACCCACCAGAGACUCGACCAAAACCACCUCAGCAUGUUCCACGGGAAUGCGCACAGUUCAGUCAUGGGCAAACUUCACUUAUCUGAAGGAAUACCGAGAAAACCCGACCUUACCGCAAUGACUGUUGGGAGAAAGUCAUUCUUGGAGUUGAUUUUUGAUGUAUAAGCCGGUCGUGGCCCUCACUUGUGUACACUGAUGCCAGAGAGCCGCGUGCAGGAUGAAGGUGUGUAACCGUGGAAUGCAGAUGCUCCUCACCACGGCGGGGGCUUUCGCGGCCUUCAGUCUGAUGACCAUCGCGGUGGGCACCGACUACUGGCUGUACUCGCGCGGCGUCUGCAGAACCAAAAGCGUGAAUGACAAUGACACGAACCGAAAGAAUGAAGAGGUGCUCACGCACUCUGGGCUCUGGAGACAGUGCUGCAUGGAAGGCGUAUUUAAGGGAGUUUGUAAGAACAUUGAUCAUUUCCCAGAGGACACAGAUUAUGAGCAAGAUGCUGCGGAAUAUCUACUGCGUGCUGUGCGCGCCUCCAGUCUUUUCCCUAUAAUGAGUGUGGGACUGCUGUUCAUUGGUGGAGUGUGUGUAGCCGCCAGCGAGUUCUACAAGAGCCGACACAACGUCAUUCUGUGCGCAGGCAUCUUUUUUGUCUCAGCUGGUCUCAGCAACAUCAUUGGCAUUAUCGUGUACAUCUCGUCCAACGCUGGCGACCCCAACCAGAGCGAGUCCAAGCGCAGUCACUGGUACGGCUGGAGCUUCUACUGCGGCGCUCUUUCCUUCAUCAUAGCAGAGACUGUGGGGGUCCUGACCGUGCAUCUGUUCAUCGACACGCACCGUGUGUUGAGAGCGCGUUCGCAUCGCACAUUCCAAACCAGCACGCAUUCCCUGCAGCAUCGCCGCUCGACCAGCUACCGUUCCCGCUACCGCUGGAGGCAGGGUCAAAACCGCUCGUCUGACUCCCGAUCUCGCGAACCCUCCCCUGCCCGUCGCGGGAACGACCUCGGGCUGUACGCUCUGGGACGCGGGAUUCCACCCACAGCUACCCACACGCUCGCGCGCAACUCCCUCAACACUAGCCAUGGUUUUGCACAUUUUCAUAACUCUGUCAUUGUUAAUAACAGCUUUGCAAAUCCUCACGUUGUCACCGUGCAGAACUCUGUGAAAUCAGAAAGAGGGCUCCCGCACAUACAGAACUCGUUGAGCACUGAGAAAGGGUUUGCACAUGGACAAAAUUCAGUCAAGCCGGAAAAUGGAGUCAUGCUGUCGCAGAACUAUAAGCUCAACUCAGUAAAUCCCAGUAAAAGCACAGCGCACAUGCAAAAUUCUGGGGAUGACAUUGCACACAUGCAAAAUGCUGUAAAAGAGCCCUCAUAUGUGUCUCAAAGUGGGACAAAAACAACUCCAGUGUGAAAAGAAAUGGUUUAACUCUGCUGCUACUUGAAAAGCUAUAUAUGAAAGGUCUGAGUGAAGAUUAGCUUACCUUUACUGAAUAUGUGCAUAUUAUUUUCUUUUAACUUUAUGUACUAAAUUAUGAAAGCUUGUUUGCACCACGAAAUAAAAAAGGUAAUUGUAACUUUAUAUCUCACAAUUCUGACUUGUGAGUUUAUAUCUCGGAGUUCCGACUUUAUAAGACACAAUUCCAAGUUUAUAUCAUGCAAUUCUGACUUUAUAACUUGCAAUUGUGUUUAUAUCUCGCAAUUCUGAGGAAAAAAAAGUCCGAAUUGUGAAAUAAAAAGUCGCAUUUACCUUUUUUAUUUGUUUAUUUAGUCGCAGAAACAAGCUUCCAAACUAAAUGGAGUGGAUUGACAAAAAAAUGGUGCUGUUUAUUGUCCCUCUGCUGUCUUUAUGCAGAAGCGAACAUGCUACUUUGUCCUUGGGAUGUUUUUCGGAUGCAAUACUCAUAAUGGCCACAUGAGCAGCCAAGUGCAACUGUCAUGUCAAAAAUAGACACUCUCAGUACUGGUUCAUCCUUCAUUUCUAGAUCCUUAUGAAUCAUAAAAUCAAUCCAGUGUAAAAAACACAAUGCAUGAUUCUCAAGUCAGUGCUCACACAUCUGCAAAUUCCAGCCAGUGAUUUAACAGACAAUUUUAUACAAAUUAAUGACAACUCAAUUGAUAGGACAGAUGGCUUCGGGCAAUGAGGGUUAAGUGGAUUGAUUUUAGACUCGGUGACGACAGAACAGAAUGGUGACAUUAGUGUCUGGGUCACACAUGACUAUGACUGAACCUUGAACCCUUGUUUUAGCAUAUUAGCCAAUCAGCAUCUCACUGCCUCAUUCAUUUGUUGUCACCCUUUGGAAGGCAGAGCGGGAGUGUUACAAAAUAUUCUCAAAAACAAAUUUUAGUUUUUUAUUUUAGUCUUUUGAUAUGAAAAACUAUGUGUUAUAUCUUUCAGAAUAAGUACCUCAUUUUAUUUAAAUUAGCACUUACAAAAAUUUUAUGUACACUACUGCUCAAAAGUUUAGGGUUGGUAGGAUUUUUAAUGUUUUUAAAGGAUUGUCUUCUGCUCACCAAGGCUGCAUUUGUUUGAUCAAAAUAAAUGCAGUAAAAACUGUAAUAUUUUUAA